AUGUCAUGGCGAUCAUCCUUUCGCUGCUCAAAGUUUCGUCACAUUUUUGGAAAGUCUGCCACCAAGGAGCACAGCUACGACGGGGUGCCAAUCACGCGUAGUGUCCACGACAACCACUACUGCUCAGCCAAUCCCUGCUUCAUCGCUGUGGUGACUGAGUGCACGGGAGGCGGGUCCUUUUUAGUCCUGCCCAUCCAUCAUACAGGCAGAGUAGAUCCUCAGCAUCCGAGGGUUUGUGGCCACAGCGGCAGAGUCCUGGACGUCAAGUGGAAUCCAUUUGAUGAUUACUGCAUCGCCUCAUGCUCAGAGGACUGCACUGUGAAGAUCUGGGAUAUCCCAGUCUGUGGAGUCCAACAGAACCUCACCAAGGCCAGGAAAACCCUGAUUGGCCACUCCAGAAGAGUGGGGCUAAUUGAGUGGCAUCCAACUGCUGAGAACCUUCUGCUAAGUGCUGCCUAUGACUACAAGGUCCUUCUCUGGGAUGUAUCCCAGGCUGGUGCAGUUAUCAGGUAUCCAGUUCGGGUGGUGCUGAUGCCCAUCCACCACCGCUACCCAUCUGAGGCACUGCUGCUUUCAGUCAGCUUCAACACUGAUGGCAGCAGGCUGGCAGUCACAUCCAAAGACAGACACGUUCGAGUCCUGGACCCUCGGACAGGAAAGAUUUUACAGGUAUCAAGCAGUAGCUCACACAAGGCCAACAAAGUUUUAUACAUCGGGGGGUUGAAGUUGCUUCUGUCCACUGGCAGCUCAUCUUGGAACCACCGGCAGAUCGUCCUGUGGGACCCUGAUGACUUAUCUGAACCCUUAUAUGAAGAAGAUCUGGAUGGGUCUGCUGGAGUACUCUUCCCAUUUUAUGACCCAGACACACACAUGUUGUAUCUGGCUGGAAAGGGUGAUGGAAACAUCCGGUACUAUGAGCUAAGUGCUGAAAAACCUUACAUCAGCUACCUGACUGAGUACAGGUCCCUGCUCCCACAAAAAGGACUUGGGGUGAUGCCAAAGCGUGGCCUAGAUGUGACCGCCUGUGAGAUUUUCCGGUUUUAUCGCCUGAUUGCCAUCAAAGACCUGGUCGAACCGCUGUCCAUGAUCAUACCACGCAAAGAGUCAGGAAUUUUUCAAGAGGAUCUGUACCCAAUGACAGCUGGAAACCAGGCAGCCAUGACCGCUCAGGAGUGGCUGUUGGGGGUCAACAGAGGCCCAGUGCUGAUGUCCCUGAAACCAGACCCUCGAGUACCCAACCCUUACCCAGAAACCCCAGCUGAGAAGGGGCUGGUGCGGCAGCUUAGCUCCCUCAGGUUUCAGAGCAGCCCGGCUGCAGUGACAGAGAUAGGCCAAGACUUUAUAGAGGUAAAGUGUGAUCUGGUUAUUUUACCUGACAUUGCAGGGUGA